AUGCCUGCGAAUUUCCUAAAAGCAAUUCCGCUCGACCCAAAGACAGAUGGUAAUGCGGAACCCGAUCUGCACUUUCUGUGCUCAAAGUGCAAGUACAUCUCACAAGAGAUUUUGUCAUUAUAUCAGGUUCUUCGAGAUUUGGUGGAACAAGAGGACUGGGCUGACGACAAAGUCGAAGACCGAGUCUUGGGGCAUCACCUUGACAGUGAAGAGCUUCGCACUGCAGGUGAAUCCGGAUGUCAUUUGUGCACCCUGAUUUGGGACACACUUGAUGCACCUGCCCGCAAAAUGCUACGAGAUUAUGAAUCAGAACUGUCGGCUGACAGAUCAAGGAAGAUUAGGCGUCCAGAACAAAGCUAUGAAGUUGGCAUUUGUACCAGCGAUACUUUCGACGUUGAGCCAAGUGAGGGCAAUAUUGGGCUUUGGUUAAAGCUUACGGACUACCCAGAAAAUGAAAAUUUCCAGUGUAUCCUACUUGACGUGCUCAAAUUGAGCAUGGAGGAUCAAGAUUCUGCCACGAGUCCCUCCUUAGAUCCUCUCUGUUUGAAUAGGAACCAACCCCUGGAAAUUCACGCACGUCACUCCCUAUUCAAAGCGCCAACUCGCCUUGUUCAUGUGGGAUUCUCAGAUGGAUCCGAGGGGCUUCGCUUGCGCAAUUCUCCCUAUGAUGAAGACAAUGUGGAAUACGCAACGUUGAGCCACUGCUGGGGGAAAGCAAAAACCUUGAAGUUGACUGAAUCCACUCACAAGCGAUUAAAAGCUGGCUUCGACAUCGCUCUUUUGCCCCACACUUACAGAGAUGCUGUUCAAGUCACCCGGCAACUUGGGUUGCAGUACAUAUGGAUUGAUUCUUUGUGCAUAUUCCAGGAUUCAACAAGUGACUGGGAGAGGGAGGCUUCGAAGAUGGGUGACGUGUAUUACAAUUCCGUCAUUACCAUUGCCGCUACUUGGGGCAGCGAUGGCGAGGCAGGAUGCUUUACUCAAAGGAACCCUCUCACUUUGAAGCCCUGUAGGAUUGGACCAGCGUCGGCGAACAGUCUUUUUGCAAUGCCUAAUGAUAAAAGUCUUGGUACUAGAAUUGACCAACUGAGGGAGGCCGCACCAUUGCUUACGCGUGGAUGGGUACUGCAAGAGCGCUGGUUAUCCACUAGAGUGCUGUUCUUUGGACCGAUCGAGACACAUUGGACUUGUCGCAAAGGAGAAGCGAGCGAAUCGAACCCAGAUCUGGACCAAGAGCUGUUACCUCUCGACGACGAAGAAACGUACCUGCGGCAAAAAGCAGUCCGCGACUCUUCCUCUGCGAACGAGAACCAGUUCAUAUCGGUUCAAGAGACACCAAUGAUGUUGUACUUUUACCAGGUCUGGCACUCCAUUCUCACUAGAUAUUGGAACUCCCACCUCACUUUCCCGACCGACAAUCUGAUUGCAAUCUCCGGAAUAAUACAGAGACUCAGCUAUUCAACGGGCAUGACAUGCCUUCACGGUAUCUGGCAGCCCCUUAUUCCUUUUGACCUGCUUUGGUAUCAUCAAACUCCGGUUUCUGACCCGGUCUAUACAAACACUCCAACUUAUUCAUGGGCACAUAUACUGGGAGGCAAAUUGAGCGUUUCACACAUGCUCACCUAUUUUGCUUCUGACGAGUCUAAAGGAUCUUGGGAACGUGAAGCAAAGGCGACGUUGUCGGAUACCGGCCCCGAGAUUUGGCUCAGGGGUCCUCACUUUCCUCUCAAUGAACUUUGGUCAGAAAUAGCAGAGAGACAACGGGAUAUAUCUGGCUCGGAAAUGGACAGAGACGCGUGCUUUUUAGCAAUGGAUACUACAAGAAGUGAUGAAUCGCUGGCUGCGGAAGCUAAUUUGCGUUGUAUACCCAUCUUAAAUGCGAACGAGAGAAUCUCGGCUACUGGAUGGCGACGAUCCAGAGCCGGUCUCGUCGUUGUUAAGGGCACAGGCGAGGAGAAGGACUAUCACAAGAGAAUCGGAUACUGGCAAUAUUGCGACUUCUCGAAAGAUGAAGCGAAAGUCUAUGCUUGUGAGGUUUCAGGCCCUGGCAAGAAGAUUAUUACACUCAUCUGA